GAAGGCUUAAAUCAGUAAGCACAGGAAGUCAAAAGAAAAAUGUUUGGUAGUGACAGCUAAGCAGCACAUUUUUCUUGUUCAUCUUUUAUAAUUUCUAAAAUAUAAAAUGGCUGAUGAUAUAGAUGAUUUGUUGGAUGAAGUAGAAACAAAAUAUUGCCCUAAAGAUAGACGAAAGGGCAAAGAGACAUCAAGUAGUAUAAAAUCAAGGCGAAAAGCAAGUGAAGAUGAUUUAGACCAGAUAUUAGAUGAUUUGAAAGUAGAACCCCUGCCUGACGUUAAACCAAUUAAAUCAAAUGGGUAUGACGCCAGAACAGAGACAGCUAGAAAAUGCUUUCCAAUAUAUGUUGGUGGCGCCAACUGUUCUUGUGGUAUGGGAACAUCCAUGAGUCAAAAAACCUGUGAUAAACUGAGAUGUACAUCAUGUGAUUUUAAAGUUGUCAGUUUUGAUAACUUUGAGUGGACCACAGAUACAGACUAUUUAUUUCUGAGGAAUCAUGCUCCAGAUUUCCAAAAACUAAAGUCAAAUUUAAAUUCUAGAAAAGGAUACAGAGCUUAUUGUUGUCAGUGUUCAUUCAGAUCUAUAAAGGAUUUGACACAACUAAAAGAUCCACAACUUAAAUGGGUGUGUGGAAAACAUUGAUGAGACUUUAGGUCCUAGAUUUAUUAGAUCUGAUUCAUCCACCAUCUUUAUUUCUACAAAUCUGUAAUUUGUCAUGUGAUCAAAUCUGUUUUAUUGGGAGAUCAACCCACAAAUGUCAUUAUACUUUAUAUAAUACUUCAAAAUGUGUUCAGUUGAUUGGAAAGUAUUAUUAUGACUAUAGUAUACACCAUUGUUGUACCGUCUCCUCACUUGUAGAUUAGUACUUUGCCACAGGGAGGUCUCUUCCUAUAUAAAGGUAUACAUAGACACAUUUGAGUCACUUUUGGAAUGUCGAAUAUAUCAAUGGCGUGCAAUUUCAUGGAGACAAUUUAACAAUUGGUAGAAAUGUUUAUGCCAGUGAGUCAUAAAUGUAAAUUUUUUGGUUAAGAUGUCUAAAACCUGUGUACUGAUCUUUGUAAUUAAUAAUAUUGAAUAUUUCCAUGUGGUUAACAUCUAAAUAAGAUAUCCCAUUUUGUAUGUCUGAUAGCUGGCUAACAAGAAGUUUACUUUGGUCAUUUUUAGCAGCUUAUUUAUUUGUUGAUGUACAAAUCUAUUUAAACUACAGAACAAUAUUUAAUCCAGGUUUUACUUUAUUGCAAUAGAUUUUUGGCAGAGCUUUUCUAUUUAUAACAUGAAAGUACUAGGCAUCUUCGCUAGCCAAGGGUUAAGAUCCAGUCCCCUCCUCUACACCCUUGGUUGAUUAAGCCAACAUUUGUGAUUACAAUGCUGCACCAUCUACCGGUAGACAAGAGUAAUGCCCAUGCCAACUGCAUCAUUAUUGACCAAUGGCAGCACUUGAACUCUCUACAAUGUGGAGGUGUAAAUAUGGUUGUGUAAAGUGUAUACAAAUUUCAUGAAGCA